UGCUCAUUAUUUUUGAGGCAUGUGUUUGUAAAACUUAAGCAUACCACUACUGCCUUCUAUACACACACAUUUUGUUUUUCCUUGAAAUCAUUUAUUUCAAUUUAUAGGUUAUCCAAUUCUUCAAUGUAAUGCUUCAGUCAACGAGAGACCCUUUUGUAGUCACGAAUAAAAUAUGACACUUCCUUUUGCAACAAAAAGCAAUUUCAGCAUCUCUUUUGUAACCAUUACCCGUAUUUUUUAAUUUCUUACUCAACUCACAUGAAAUGAAACUGAUGACUAAGCAGAUUCAUUCUCAACUAUUUUCUAUAAAUUAUUUUAAACCAUUAAUGUGAUUUUAUUUCACAUAUGCUAAAAAAUUCACAUCCCCAGAAAUGAUAGCCAGAAGGCUCCACCGUUUGUCCUCGCUGCCCUCCAUCUUCAGAAUCUCUACUGACCAUGGAUUCUCCACUGAUGGCAACACUUUUCGUUAUUGGCUCUCAUCAAGAUACCCACUCCAUAUUCAAGCAUCACGAUCAUAUGCUCGAAAUAGAGGCCAUUAUGAUCUAUUUGGGGGCCGUGUGCCUGGAGCCAAAGAAUUUAGGAAAACCUGGGCUAAAGAAAUGGAAGAUGAGGAUGGCUGUUUAUGGACUGCAAGUGAGGACGAGAGUGGCCCUGAAAAUGAGCCGAGAAGCUCUUUAAAGAAGGAAAUAAAAAAGGCCAAGCAUCGAGCUAUAAAACAUUCAGGUUGCAUUGAUGCUGAUGACAGUGAUGAACUAAGAAGUGUGUGGUCUGGUAGUGAUGAAGAUGAAGAGAAGACACUGUGGACAGGUAGCGAAGGAGAUGAUGAAGACGAUGUUCCCACAGAAGCUUACCCGAAUGAGAAGAGUGAUGAAUAUAUCGAUAAACUGUUUGAGUUUGAUGAACAACCGAAGUACAGAACACUCUCUGAGGCUUUAAAAGAAGAGGAAGAACCGGAAGAAUUAUCACCUGGAAAGAAAGCAAGGAAACUUGCAGUUGAAAAUGCUCUUAAGAAAUUAAAGAAAGGGCCGGAUGGUAGAUACAUUAAUGUGUGGGAGGUCAUGAGUGAUGUGGACAUUCUAAUAGGGGCUUUCGAGAACAUCAUUUCUGGGCCAGAAUAUGCUGAACUGAGGCAGGGAGGACCUAAGCAGCUGAAUAUGCAGUUUUUUAAGGAUAUUCAAGCUCGUAUGAGAGAUCCAGACUAUAAGUUCUCUCCUGAAUUAAAGUUAAAACCAAAGAGCAAAGUGGUUCCUAGAAAGAAGUGGCAGAAGGUGGAAUCUAGACGUAGGAAAGCCCGGAAACGUUAGCUAUUCUUGUAUUUGAUCUUUCCUAAUCUUUGCCUAGAAACAAACUUGUUCAUUACCCGUGUUAAUACAAUUUUAAUGCAAAAAGAGUUUCAGUUUCAGUUUCAGAGCUAGUGAGUGCAUCAUAGACAAUUAGGUAGAUGAUAUAUAUUUG